UUGCCGAGGGUGGUGCGUCUGACGGUGGCCGAGAGGGUGCCGACAAAGCGGCGGAAAGUGCCGAGUUUGGCCGACGCUCUGACGGAAAUCUCCGAAGCGGCCGGUUCCGAAGGUUGCCGAACGCGCACGUCAGAAAGCGGCGCCGGUCGCGGCGGCUGCCCGCUCCGGAGGUUGCCGAAGGAGGCUGCGGAAAGGGCCGAGGCCGAGGCGCAGGGCAGCCCGAGCAGCGGCGGGGAAGGCCGAGACGCCUCUGCCGCCCGUCCAGGUGCAUAAAUACUUUUCUGCAGCUGGUAUAGAAGUUUUAAAACUCGUCAGCAAACACUCGAACUGAUAAAAACUGGGUGCUGUUUUCUCUUUUGACACAGCACCAUGCUUCGACUGCCUGCUGUCCGCAGGACCUUGGCUGGGGUCGCCCAGUCCUCCAAAGUGUGUGGUCGUACAACUGCAACAGCAGCCAGCAACCAAAUAGAGGUGUUUGUGGAUGGUCAUCCUGUGUUGGUGAACCCAGGAACUACAGUGCUUCAGGCCUGUGAAAAGGCUGGAAUCCAGAUACCUCGGUUUUGUUACCAUGAUCGUCUCUCUGUUGCUGGAAACUGUAGGAUGUGUCUUGUGGAAAUAGAGAAAGCUCCCAAGCCAGUUGCUGCAUGUGCCAUGCCAGUUAUGAAGGGCUGGAACAUACUGACAAACUCUGAGAAGUCCAGGAAAGCAAGAGAGGGUGUAAUGGAGUUCCUGCUGGCAAAUCACCCGUUGGACUGUCCUAUCUGUGAUCAAGGUGGAGAAUGUGAUCUACAGGAUCAAUCGAUGAUGUUUGGCAGUGAUAGGAGUAGAUUUAGAGAGGGAAAACGUGCUGUGGAGGACAAGAACAUUGGCCCAUUAGUCAAAACAAUCAUGACUCGGUGUAUACAGUGCACUCGAUGUAUCAGGUUUGCUAGUGAGGUUGCAGGGGUAGAUGACUUGGGAACAACCGGAAGAGGAAAUGAUAUGCAAGUUGGUACUUAUGUUGAAAAAAUGUUCAUGUCUGAGUUAUCAGGAAAUAUUAUUGAUAUCUGUCCAGUUGGUGCUCUUACCUCCAAGCCAUAUGCCUUUACUGCACGCCCAUGGGAGACAAGGAAGGUAGAGUCAAUUGAUGUUCUUGAUGCAGUUGGAAGCAACAUCGUAGUGAGCACGAGAACUGGAGAAGUGAUGAGAAUUUUGCCAAGGUUGCAUGAAGAUAUAAACGAGGAAUGGAUAUCUGACAAAACAAGGUUUGCUUAUGAUGGUCUGAAGCGUCAGAGACUUACUCAGCCAAUGAUCAAAAAUGAGAAAGGACUAUUUGUUUAUGCCUCAUGGGAGGAUGUGCUAACUCGUGUUGCUGGAGUGCUACAAGCUGUCAACGGUAAGGAAGUAGCAGCAAUUGUGGGAGGACUGGUGGAUGCAGAAGCACUGAUAGCUCUGAAGGACUUACUGAAUAGAGUAAAUUGUGAUACGCUCUGCACUGAAGAGAUCUUCCCUACUGCUGGAGCUGGCACAGAUUUACGCUCUAACUACCUGCUCAAUACCAAGAUUGCCGGGGUGGAGGAGGCAGAUGUCCUGCUUCUGAUUGGCACCAAUCCACGCUUUGAGGCACCGCUUUUUAAUGCCAGAAUUCGAAAGAGCUGGCUUCACAAUGACUUGAAAGUGGCCCUUGUUGGCUCUCCUGUAAAUUUGACCUACACGUAUGAUCAUCUAGGAGAGUCCCCACAGACACUUCAGGACAUUGCUUCUGGAAGACAUGCAUUCUGCAAGGUCCUCGACCAGGCCAAGAAGCCCAUGGUGGUGGUAGGUAGCGCCGCGCUGCAGCGCGGUGACGGAGCGGCUAUCCAUGCUGCCGUGUCCACCAUCGCACAAAAUGCCAGGACUAAGAGCGGUGUUGGUUCUGAUUGGAAAGUCAUGAACAUCCUCCACAGGGUUGCAAGCCAGGUAGCUGCGUUGGAUCUGGGUUUCAAACCAGGAGUGGAGGCAAUUAGGAAAAAUCCUCCCAAAGUAUUGUAUCUCUUGGGAGCAGAUUCGGGUUGUGUAACACGUCAGGAUUUGCCAAAGGACUGUUUUAUCAUCUAUCAAGGACAUCAUGGGGAUGUGGGAGCUCCCAUGGCUGAUGUUAUUCUCCCAGGAGCAGCAUAUACAGAGAAGGCAGCCACAUAUGUGAAUACUGAGGGUAGGGCCCAGCAGACAAGAGUGGCAGUAACUCCUCCUGGGAUGGCAAGGGAAGACUGGAAAAUUAUUAGAGCUGUCUCUGAGUUGGCUGGUAUGACCUUGCCUUAUGAGAACCUUGAUCAAAUACGGAAGCGUUUGGAAGAAGUAUCCCCUAAUCUGGUUCGGUAUGACGAUGUGGAAGAGGCUAACUACUUCACCCAGGCAAAUGAAUUGUCAAAGUUAGUGAAGCAACAGCUUCUUGCUGAUCCUCUUGUUCCACCUCAGCUCACAAUAAAGGACUUUUAUAUGACAGAUUCAAUCAGUAGAGCAUCCCAGACAAUGGCCAAGUGUGUGAAAGCUGUUGUUGAAGGUGCUCAUGCAGUAGAAGAACCAUCCAUCUGCUAGAGACUAAUCAGACUGCUACCACUUCCAUCCAAGUAUUUGUUGCAGUUAACUGCUGUGACUAAUACUUUUUUUCAAAAUCCAUUUGCUAGGUCCUUGUAUUUUUGUUUUCUUCAUUCACAUUUUCAUCAGCUCAAAUAGUCCCAUAUUACUAUAGGACUGUUGUGUCUGACAGAACGUGCAGCACUCAACUUACUGUACCCAGAGGCAGAGUACAUGAUGAUUGUAUACAAAUAAAUUAUAAUACCAAACAGGUCAUUGCCUGUGUAACUCAUAUGGCUCACACUUCUUGCAUGAAAAGAACUCAGUAAGACACUCAGUAUUAAGUCUUGAUUUGCUAGAACAAGUCUACGUGGCAAAAAUACUAGUUGUAACCUUCUUCCAGAGUAUCUAUGUAUCUUAAUAUUAAGAACUGGUAAGAGUGUGAACAUGC